CGCACGACCUUUUACUUUUUUAAAAAACCUGGGAUUCAUUAAUGCAUCGCCGCCCACCUCUCUCUCUCUCUUUCAGUCUCAUUCAAUUUGGAAAAGACAUUUGAGCUUUAAAUUUUUGAAUUAUUAUUGAAAGGAAUUGCUAUUACAUUACAAGUUGAAUAUAGUUCAAGAUGUCAGACUCAGAAGUAUCAGAAACAAGUGAAUCGACCAUUGAACCAUUUCAAUUCGAAAAAGUAUUGGAAAGUUUAGAUUCUGGUGCUAAAGAGGCAGUUGAAUCUAAGGAUUACUUGUCCUAUAGUACUCUCUUGGAUAUUUAUCUUAGUGAACCAACCAAGUAUAGUUAUGAUGAAAGAGAACAAUUAUUGAGUCAUUUACUUACUAUCUUGUCUGCUAAUAAGGAGUUGACUUACGAAAUUGGUUGGGAUUUACCUAAUUUAUUAAUUCUUUAUGUCGAAUCUGAUUUUAAUUUCCAAAAUCCAAUUAGAACUGCUCCUUGUGUUUAUAAGAUUUUAAAGAAUUUUGAAGCUUUAGCUUUGAAUGGUAAUCCAAAAGAAUUGUUUUUAAAAUGUUGUGAAUUAUUAACUACCAUUAAGAUUUCUGAUGUUACCAUUACUGAUGAUACUGAUAUUCAAGAUCGAUUUUUUGAUGUUAAAUUGUACUGUAUUUUUGAAUUGAUUGAUAGUUGUCUUAAACGAAUCAAAACUUAUUAUCCAUCACGAUUCUUAGCUAUGACAGUUGCUUCUUACAUUAACUGUGCUUAUAAUAAUGCCACCAAUUCCGCUGGUAAGAAUGAUUUUAUGAUGAAACGCGCUUAUAGUUUUGCUAGAAAUUAUAUCAAUCCUCCAUUACCGGAUGAGAUCGACCCUAGCUUGACUAAAGAAGAAAUUGCUAAGAUUAAAGAUGAUGAAGAAUAUUUACAAAGAAAAUUAUUAACUGGAUUUAUUACUAGUUUAAUCUAUUUCUUAUCGACAAAUCAUCAUAAUGGUUAUUCAGUUGAUCAUUUUUCAUUUUUACAAGAACCAAAUCGACCUCAAUUGAAAAAAUACUUUGAAUAUGAAGUUGAUAUUCCAGUAAUGAAUAGAAUCGUUGAACUUGCUUUAUCUUAUGAUAUAGAAUUAUCCAAAGUAUUUAGACAGUAUAUUGAUGAUGCUGACGCGUUAUUUAAAACUUUGAAAUUUGAUCAAAAUGAAGAUGAAUUAAGUGGGGAAAUAUUUGAAAAAGUGGUUAUUGAUUAUCAAACUAAUUUAUUAACUUCUCUUAUCAAUAGUGAUGCUAAAAGUAUAAAUGAUUCAGUAUUAGGUUGUGUAUUAUUAUAUACUCAUAAAAUUGCUGUUAAAAGAACUUUCGAUAGAGUUUCAAUCACAUUUAAUGAUGCUGUUAAUUUGACCUUAAGAACUAUUAUUCCUCAAAUGGUUCAAAGUUCAUUCGUUGCUACAGGUUUACAAGAUGCUGUUUUAUUCUGGGGUUGGUAUGCAUUAUAUGAAAAUAAUGAUAUUGAAUUACAAAUUAGUUCGAUACCAAAAACUUUAUUAGCUAUCUAUUUUCAAACUUUGUUUUAUAUCGUUAUAACAACAAAUGAUAGUGUUAACUUCAGAUAUGUGGCUUUAACCUUAUUAACUAAGAUUUUGGCUUUGGCUCCAGAAAGUGCUUCAUACACAUUCUUAAAGGAUAGUUUACUCAACUGUCCAUAUGAAAGAGAUAAAGCCACUUUAAUUGGAAUUUUAAAAGAAUUAUUAACUAAAGAUAAACAACAAGCCAAUGACUUGGAAUCUUUAUCAAAUAAUCUUGCUAAAGCAACUAUAAAGGAAGAAGAACCAGCAGAAGUUGAACCAGAAGCAGAAACCAAAGUAACUGAAACUAAAAAAGAAUCUUCUACUUCUGUCCCUCCUCCAUUACCUCACCGUGAUAUUCCAGAACCAACUUCCACUAAAUAUAUCAAAUUGGAUAAAGAGAAGUUAGCUGAUUUAUUCAGUUUAAUCAAUCUUUCCAUUUCCGAAGCCUUCAUAAAGGAAAAGGAUAUUAUAAGUAUAGAUCCAAGAAAAUUAUCAACCUUGUCAGCUUAUCUCAAUUUAUUAGUGGUGAUUAAGAAUGAUAUUACAGUUAUUACUAAUAAGGCUCAAUUAGAUAAGAUUCUUGAUACUGUCGAGGAAAGAUUCAAAUCUGUCAAAACUAAACAUGAAAAGGAUAAUUCAAAUGUAUUUGAAUUGAAUGCAGUUGGUAUGUUAGAGAUUACAUUAGACAGAAUCAAAGCUUAGU